AGAUAGGUUUUCUUUUUUCGUUCCUGGGUUGCCUGCAGAGGAAGUUGCUUCACUGCAGACAAAACUUGGGAGUUGUGAAAACUGAUGGAAGAAAAAGGGGAAGUGAUGCAUUGUGGUUGUUGUUGUUAAUGCUGCUCAGUUGUCUCUCCUGUGUUUAUUUGCGUUGUACUUUGAUUAGAUGCAGUGUUACUCGAGUUGUGUGUGUGUUCUUGAUUGUUAAUUCCCAGCUGGCGAGCUCUAUUCUAUGAACUAUGAAGCGGAGUGACCUGAGGACAGGGUCGGUCCUGACAGACUAUAAAUAGGAAGCGUCCCGGCAUGUAGUCAGCAGCACAGGCACAGUGCAAACGCCUUUGUGAACUAAUUUUUCCUCGUAAACAGCUUCCUCUACCUCUCGGGCUGGACUGUGGUGCAUUAACGUCGGCUCGCCCUCCCCUGCCCCCUCGCCCCCCAGCAAUGGCCUCCCGCAUUGGGCUGCGCAUGCAGCUGAUGCGAGACCAGCUGCAGCAGGAGGAGCAGCGUGAGCGGCAGCAGCAGCAGCAGCAGAAUGCAGCCCUGCAGUACAUGCAGCACCGCAUGGCCGGCCCGCCUGCGCCCAGCCCGGCCAUCAGCACCCCGCAGCAUUACGAAAGCAUGCAGGUCCCUGUGGAGGUUCUUAAGGUACAGACUCACCUGGAGAAUCCUACAGAUUACCACAUCCGUCAGUCUCGGAGGCAACAAGUAAAAGAAUACCUGUCAACAACCUUUGCCACCAAGCAGACGGUCCACGCAGUCGCAGGGCUGAUGCCGCCCUCCUCCCCCACCAACAUGGGACCCACUAACUCGGCGUCGGCGCCCCCGCCUCUGCACUCCCCUCACAUGCGCGCCGAGCAGCUCAUGUCUGGAAACAGUGCCCCCAACAGCCCCAUGGCCAUGCUCAACAUCGGCUCCAGCCACGAGAAGGAGAUGGACGAAGUCAUUGACAACAUCAUCAGCAUGCAGUCCAGUUACGAUGAUGUCCAAGCGUACAUUGACCCUAUCCAGAUGCCAAACACACUCCCUCUGUCAAGCAGCCACCUGGAUGUGUACACAGGUCCUGGCAUGAAAGGCCCAACUGUUGCUAUGACCAGUAACUCCUGUCCUGCCAACCUGACCAUCAAGCGAGAACUUUCAGACGCAGAAGCCCGAGCUCUGGCCAAGGAGAGGCAGAAGAAAGACAACCACAAUCUGAUUGAGAGGAGGAGAAGGUUCAACAUCAACGACCGCAUCAAAGAGCUUGGGACCAUGAUCCCCAAAACCAACGACCUUGUGCUUAGUGAUGUGCGCUGGAACAAAGGCACUAUAUUGCGGGCCUCAGUGGAGUACAUCAAACGCAUGCAGAAGGAUGUCCAGAGGACCAGAGAGGUGGAGAACAACUUCAAGCGAAUGGAAGUGGCCAACAAGCAGCUGUUGCUACGUAUCCAGGAGUUGGAAAUGCAGGCUCGUCUGCACGGCCUGCCCAGCAACUCCGGCCUGAACCUGACUGACAUAAUGGGCUCUUAUAUCAAACAAGAGACCAGCCCAGACGAGAACCUUCCUCACCUCCAGGCGCAGGCCCACCAUCACCCGCCCCAGCACUUCUCCCAUAACCAGGUUCAGGCCCAGCAGCACCACUUCCUCCCCCAGACCCAUGUCCACCCCCAGGGGCAGGCCCAGCCUCCGCCCCGGCAGCUGCCUCCGCUCCCCCAGCACCUGCAGCCUCAGCCUCCCAUCCAGUACCCGGCCGUGGGCAGCUCCCAGCCCUUUGACUUGUGCCAGUCGCUGGACUUGUGCGAUGGGUUACCCGGAUUCUCCGACGGCAUGUCGGGGCUGGGCGACCUGGGCGGACUGGACGUCCACGGGAGGAGAGGCGAACUGGGGUUCCUGAUGAUGGACGAGCCUUUGUCCCCUAUGGGCGGAGACCCGCUGCUCUCUGCCAUGUCCCCGGAAGCCUCGGUCGAUUCCAGCCGCAGGUCCAGCUUCAGCAUAGAGGAUGGAGACAUACUGUAGAUACACCUGUACCUGCACACACACACACACACACACACACACACACACAGACAUACACACACAUGCCGAGGGUUUGCACACAUUUAGCAAACACCAUUGACACUCAUUUGUGGUACAAUUAUUUCUGUGAAGUAGAACACGAGGUUGGAAGGUACGCAGCCCUCACUCAUACAAAGCCAUGCUGUAAAGUACAAAAGUUUGCGCACACACACACACACACACACACACACACACACACACGCACACACACUGCAUUGUGGGUUCAUUGGAGCAGCUUGAAACUUUGCCCACCAACUGAACAUUUUACAAGGCAUGCAGUGACACUGCCAGAUCAGGAGCCGUGCACCACACGUGGCCUUCUUACCAUAAAAAGUGGUGCUGAAUCAUAAUUGAACAAGGGACAGGAACAGCAGUUAAUUAGAUUGACGUUAUCAGAUGCAAGGACAAACCCAGCGCAUUGUCGCAACCGAUAGAGGACAAGUUAUUUGCCCGUUACAUCAACCUCUUUUAGUAUCCAUAAAUGAUUGAAUGAAUGAUAGUGAAUAAAAUGGAAAUAGCUUUAUGGUCCUUGCAUGCAUAAUUUAUCUUGAGGGAACGCAGUCCAGUCGCAUUGGUCCGUCGAUCAGUGUGUUAUUCCACAGUUUGCUUUCGCCUGGAGCCCUCGCUGUGUGGUGUUUGGCAAGAAUUUUUGUUGGCCUACAAAAUUAGAGUGUAAUGUUUAAUCAUCCACACCUCAGAUCACAUUAAAGGCUUUUCAGUGGCAGAUUAUUCAGACUUCUGCAGGGCCUUGUACAUUUGCAAUGUUACAUCCCUCUUCUAUUAAAAUUUGUUGUCUUUCCACCAACACAUUUAUACCUUUUUUUUUGUUUGUUUUUUUACAUGUGGACACUUGACACUGUGGCGAUCUUCACUUGGAGUGACUGUAAAAUCUGUUGAUGCUUUGUAGACUGGAUGGGAAAAAAAAGAAAAAGAAAAAAAAAAAACAUCAGGUGGUUUUUAAAAAUCAGCAUGUCGUCCACUUCUAUGAGGUGUUAAAAUACUCAGGUACCACAA